AGAUUCAUCGUCUACGACUUUGUUGAAAAUGUCUACACCGUCAAAACGACCAUCUUCCCGAGCGUCUUCAGACGCGGCCACCCCCUCGCGAAGAACCCGCUCCUCUCAGUCUCAACAACUUGUUGUUCCAGAAACUCCUCAAAGAUCGACUGGCACACCAUCUAAAGAUGGCACGCCUGGAACCCCUAGAACUCCCCGGCGUACACCGCGGACUCCCAGGGAAGCACCUGGUACCUCACCUGCUCGACCAUUACCAUCCAGUCCACUUGGUACGGAUAUAGAUAUGAGUUCACCUCUUAACUAUGGCACACCUAGUUCCCUGAGUACUCCUCGGUCGUUGAUGCGUGGAGCCAUGACACCGGCGAGGCAAAGAGCUGACCUCAGAAGCCAUCAAUUGGCCCCCAACGUUCCCGCACCGACACCUACUAGACGAGGAGAGAAUGGUGCAGAGGAUGUGCCAUCCAGCGAGCCACAAUUGGUGGUGUGGGGCACGGACGUGGCCAUCGCCGAAUGCCGUGAGAAGUUCAUCAAGUUCAUACAGAGAUUCGUCGAACCGACCGCAGUUACCAACGACCCUUUGUACGAGCAGAAAUUGGAAGAGAUUCAUACAUUAGAAGAGCCGUUUUUAGAUGUUGAUUGUGAUCAUGUCAGAAUUUUCGAUCCUAAAUUACACAGGCAACUGGUUUGCUACCCUCAAGAAGUGGUGCCUGCAUUUGAUGCGGCAGUCAACGAAUUAUUCUUUGACAAAUAUCCAGCUGCAGUGUUAGAACAUCAAAUUCAAGUAAGGCCAUUCAAUGCUCCACAAAGGCACAUGCGCGAUUUGAAUCCUGAAGACAUCGACCAAUUGGUGAGCAUCUCCGGCAUGGUGAUUCGCACAUCGGGCAUAGUCCCAGAGAUGAGGGAAGCUUUCUUCAAGUGUACGGUUUGCGGUGCCGGCGCCGCAAGCGAGUUGGAACGAGGCAGAGUGGCCGAACCGGCACAUUGUUCCCAUUGCAAUACCGCCCAUUGCUUCCAACUGAUACAUAACCGAUCGCACUUCAGUGACAAACAACUCGUGAAGCUUCAGGAAUCUCCCGACGAUAUGCCAGCGGGUCGCACUCCAGCCACUGUAAGCGUGAUGGCUCACGGGGCUUUAGUAGAAGGAGUAGGCGCGGGAGAGAGAGUCAGUGUAACGGGAGUGUUCCGCGCUGCCCCGGCCACUGUACACCCUAGGAAAGCUACAUUGAAGGCAUUACAUAGGACCCAUAUCGAUGCCUUGCACUACAAGAAGGUGCAUAGCGAUAGACUGCUGGAGACUGAAGAGGGUAAAGAGCACCGCUUUCCCCCUGAACGCGUGGAGUUAUUCAAGGCCUUGUCUACUCAAUCUGAUUGCUACGAGCGUCUAGCGCGUGCCAUAGCACCCUCCAUAUAUGAAAACCUGGAUAUCAAGAAGGGGGUGUUACUACAACUGCUAGGGGGCACUAAGAAAAACUUUAAUGCUGCCGGCAGAACACAUUUCAGGUCUGAGAUAAACAUUCUCCUGUGUGGCGACCCUGGUACCAGUAAGUCCCAGCUUCUCCGCUGGGUGUACGAUCUUGUCCCGCGGGCCCAGUACACAUCGGGCCGUGGCUCGUCCGCAGUCGGCCUCACCGCGUACGUCACUAAAGACCCGGACACGAGGCAACUGGUGUUACAGACUGGUGCGUUGGUCCUUGCCGAUAACGGCAUAUGCUGCAUCGACGAGUUCGACAAAAUGAACGACUCCACUCGCAGCGUGUUACACGAGGUGAUGGAGCAACAGACCCUUUCGAUCGCCAAAGCUGGCAUCAUCUGCCAACUAAACGCGCGUACUUCGAUCCUGGCGGCCGCCAAUCCAGCCGAGUCUCAGUGGAACAAGAACAAGACCAUAGUAGAGAACGUACAGCUGCCUCAUACGCUUAUGUCCAGAUUCGAUCUAAUAUUCUUAGUGCUGGACCCUCAAGACGAAGUGUUUGACCGCCGCCUGGCGUCGCAUCUUGUCUCUUUAUACUACAAGGACCCCGUCGAUUCACAGGAGGAUCAGGAUCUUGUGGAUAUGGCCCUGAUGAGAGAUUACAUAGCGUUUGCCAAGGAGCAUGUGCAGCCGGUACUGAGCGAAGCGGCGCAGCAGAGACUGAUCGAUGCCUACGUAGAUAUGAGGCGAGUAGGCAGUGGAAGAGGCCAGAUAUCUGCUUACCCGCGUCAGUUAGAAUCUCUCAUACGGUUAGCGGAAGCUCACGCCAGGAUGAGACUCAGUCCUACAGUACAACUGAUUGAUGUGGAUGAAGCCGCCAGGUUGCACCGCGAAGCCCUAAAGCAAUCCGCUACGGAUCCAGCAUCGGGCCGCAUCGACGUAGGCAUCCUCACGACAGGCCUGGGGGCUGCGGCCCGCCGUCGCCGCGCCGACCUGGUGGCAGCCCUGCGUGACGUCACCGCUCCCCUCCCUAAACCACACACUAUAACCCACGCCAAGCUGCUGCAGGAGAUCAACGCUAAAUCACAGCUGACGGUGACAAGAGAGCAACUGGACGAAGCUCUACGCGACCUGCAAGAUGAAGGGAAGGUGGUUGUCGUGAGUCACACCCACGUACGAGUCUGUUGAUACCGCC